AUGAAAUACGUGUUCUUCAGCCGAUUCUUUAUACUGCUGCCUUGGGUCCUAAUAGUCAUCAUCAUGAUCGAUAUCGACAGCAAAAGAACGAUUUGGACUCCAAUGGCAAAUACGCGCGGUAAGGGGCAGCGGCCUGCCCUGCCGGUCAUCUACGCCAUAACUCCCACUUACACGCGCCCGGUGCAGAAAGCAGAGUUGACCCGACUGGCUCACGCUUUCCGCCAGGUGCCCCAGUUCCACUGGAUCGUGGUGGAGGACUCCACGAUACGAACGGAUCUGGUGAGCCGCUUCUUAGCUCGGUGCGGCGUGCCUUACACGCACUUGCACGUCUUCACCCCGCGCAGGUUCAAGCGCGCCGGGAUGCCUCGUGCCACCGAGCAGAGGAACGCGGCCCUGGCUUGGCUCAGGCAACACCGGACACGCCGGGACUCGGGGGUGGUUUUCUUUGCGGAUGAUGACAACACUUACAGCCUGGAGCUGUUUCAAGAGAUGCGGAACACUCGAGGUGUCUCUGUAUGGCCAGUCGGGUUCGUGGGCGGCAGAGCAUAUGAGCGCCCACUAGUGUCAGGGGGCAAAGUUGUGGGCUGGUACACUGGCUGGAGACCAGACCGUCCCUUUGCCACUGACAUGGCAGGUUUCGCCGUGAACCUUCAAGUGAUCCUGGCCAAUCCGAGGGCACAGUUCAAGAGACAGGGGUCCCAACCUGGAAUGCAAGAAUCCGACUUCCUCAAGCAGAUCACCAAGGUGACGGAGUUGGAGCCCAAGGCCAACAACUGCACUCAGGUGCUGGUUUGGCAUACGCGUACUGAGAAACCAAAACUCGGAAAUGAGUCAAAACAUCCUAAGGACACGGUGGUCAUCGAGGUGUGA